AUGUACACGAGCAACGCAACGCAAUGCAACGCAAUGCAACGCAACGCAAUGCAACGCAAUGCAACGCAACGCAAUGCAACGCAAUGCAAGGCAAUGCAACGUAAUACAACGCAACGCAGCACAACGCAACGGAACGCAACACAACGCAACGCAAUGCAACGCAACGCAAUGCAAGGCAAUGCAACGUAA